UGAAGUAUUGCAAAUGUCAACAUUACUCACUGUCAGGGAGUGUUUUCGUUUGAAAUAUUUUUCAUUUUUCUAAUCUUAUCUGUUCAUUUUAUUAUCAAUUUUCUUAUCUACCUUUUUGUGCCAAUCAAGAACGGGAAAAUAUGAGUUCAGCGCCAGUGUCAUGUUUGCCAGUGAACAGUAAAAUGUCUAAGGCUAAGAAAGCGAUUGAUGAAGCAAGGGAUUCUCAGAAUCGAGAACUGGAUUUGGUUGAUAAAAAUGUAUCAUCCUUUGACGAAAUGUCGGGACUGCUGAAUAUGCUAAACGUAACUCGAAUAACACUAAGUCACAACAAAAUAAAUAUCCUUCCGCCGGGCAUAGCCAAUCUCAUCAAUUUGGAAAUCUUAAAUUUGGCCAACAAUCACAUUGAAGAGCUUCCAGUUUCGUUGUCUUCGAUGCCAAAAUUGAGAAUCCUCAACGUAUCCAUCAACAGACUGAAUACAUUACCCAGAGGAUUUGGAGCAUUUCCGGUGUUGGAGGUGCUGGACGUGUCGUACAACAAUCUGAAUGAACACACACUACCCGGCAACUUUUUCAUGAUGGAAACUCUGCGUGCUCUGUAUUUGGGUGACAACGACUUUGAGCAUUUGCCGAGAGAGAUUGGGAAUCUAAAAAAUUUACAGAUCCUCGGAAUCAGAGACAACGAUCUCCUUGAUAUACCACGUGAAAUCGGCGAACUCGUUCGUUUGAGAGAACUUCACAUUCAAAAUAAUCGUUUGACGGUGCUACCACCAGAAAUUGCGAACCUCGAUUUGCUGGGCAAUAAGUCGGUCCUGAAAAUGGAGGAAAAUGAAUGGGUUCAGCCAAUUGCAGAGCAAUAUUUAUUAGGCAUCAGUCACGUUCUGGACUACAUCAAAACGGAAGCGUACAGGAUUCUCUACAAUCGACAAAGCAGCGACGGAAAAUCUGGACCAGUACCGCCUAAAGCUGACAAAAGCAAGAAAGCAUCUCGCCAGCGUUAGUCAGUGACCAUUCGUCAUCGUUUUACAAACUUCUCUUAAUAUUGAAUUAAUUAACUGACCAACUAAUUUAUUGUUUUCGUCGUACUCUGAUCUUCUGUGCCUUUUCUUUCUAAGUUUAUGUUAAACUAAAAACAAAGAACAUACAUUGGAUGCUGUGGAAGUAGCUCAUUACAUAAGGGAACAAUUCCGUGUCCCGAACUUGCAAGUGCGGUUUUAAGUAAAAAGACGUUAUUUUGACAAAUAUACACAUGUCAAAAUAACAGUUUACAAAUUUUGUUGCCUAAUUCUUGACAAUUCAUAAAGUUGAUUCCGAGUGUAUUGAAUGACUAAGCAUCAUUCAAUAGAACACUGCUUUUCGCCCUAUCCGGAAAUUUAAACACAUGGCGAUGACAGUUCA